AUCGAUGCCGGCGAGGAGGGGGAUGGGAGCGUGAACGCGCCGACGUCAGGACCCGACACAGACCCGGAGCCCCGUAUCACACACAGGAGCGCAUACCCCAUUAAAAGCAGCGACUGUAAAUAUACAAUACACCAAAAUAAAUGGAGUUGUUCCCCGGGGAUUUAUUAUAGACACUCAAUGGAUGUUGUGCGCCCGCAAAGGAAAGGGAAUUUAACUUUACGCCAAUGUGUGGGAGACACUGAGAACUUUUUUCCUGCCCGCGGAGAGGGAGCUACUUUUAAGGGGCAGCGUAUUCAGGAGACUCCGAGGCCCCGACACGGGCCUACCACUGGUCCAGCUGGAGUUGUUGCUGGGAGACUUCAAGGGCUUCCUACUUUAACGUGAUUUUCAUCGAUUGCACACGUUCGGAAUGCCUCUCUAGGUCCCUGAUGACCGUGAGCCGUGGGCUGCGGCUCGGCAGCGCCCCACCUCUGGAGUGGCCCGGUGCUUCAGUUCGGACCUCGUGAUUCUCCUCGCCCUCUCCUCCUCACCCUCCUCUCAUCCUGUUCCUCCCCCUCCCCUCCUCCCCUUCCCCCCCCUCAUCCCCCCCUCCCAAGCGUCGCUGUGCUGGACGUCAUGAGCAUAGUAAUCACGCUGGGAGUCACCACACCUGAAACGUCUUACUCAGAUAUGGCUGCUGGAUCAGACCCUGAGUCAGUUGAAGCAAGUCCUGCUGUGAAUGAGAAAAACUUCAACAACCACAGUUGUGGCAGUGCACAGAGUCAUGGGUAUCGGGGACUACCAUAUGCUAUGCAACAGUCUUCCGUUGUGUGUUGUCAGGAUCACAACUAUGGCGCGCCCCCUCCCCCAACCCCACCUGCCUCUCCUCUCUCCCAAACCAUCAUUCCCCGCAUGGAUCUCAACGGAGUGGUGCGCAGCUCCCGCUGCCACAAACCCGCUGAGGACAACUCGGCCGACAGCGACAGCUCCUCCGAGGAGGACGGGGCGGUGGCCAGUUGGUGCCACUGCAGCCUGUCACAAGACGGCUUGCUCAUCAAAUGUAAAAGUUGCAGAGAACUGGACAGAAGGAAAGGAGCGGAGGCCCAACACAGAAAAACGGAAAACGUCUCGGCUGGAGAGAGCAGUGCGACCGAGAGCGGCGAUGAAGAGGUUUCCCCUUCCACCAUCUCCUACACAGCGACCCAGCACACGCCCACCAGCAUAAAACUCACCGUCAACCGAGUGAAAAGGAGCAAAUCCAAAAAGAGGAAGAAGAGCACGGAGAAGGCCCGGGGAACGCCGAAGGAAAAGAAAGUCAAGGCUUUUAGAGAGGGUUCUCGAAAAUCAAUGAGGAUGAAGAACUCCACGCUGGAGGCCAGCGUCCUGGACGAGAACACGGCGGAGGGAUGGGAGGACAAGAUCCGGCAGUGGACGGACCAGUACGAGGAGGCCCAGACCAACCAGUACAGCGCUGACAUCCAGACGCUGCUCCGGAUUCACCGCUCUGGCAACUGCGCCGCCCUCUCCGAGUUUCGGAGCGGCAACACGCCGCCGCCUCCCCUCCCGCAGGCCUCGCUGGCCCCCACGGACCCCGGAAAGGGCACCGAGCUGGGCUGUAACAACACGGUGCUGGGAUCCCAGAUGCAGCUCCAGUUAGGACGAGUAACACGGGUCCAGAAGCGCAGGAAGAUCCUCCGAGCCGGCAAGCCCCUGGAGCCCGACACCCGGAUCAUCGAAUACCGGGGAAAAGUCAUGCUCAAGCAGCAGUUUGAGGUCAACGGGCAGUUCUUCAAAAAGCCUUAUCCUUUUGUGCUGUUCUACUCCAACUUUAAUGGCGUAGAGAUGUGUGUUGACGCGCGGACGUAUGGAAAUAACGCACGUUUUAUUCGGAGGUCCUGUACGCCCAAUGCUGAGGUCCGACACAUAAUUUCUGAGGGCAUGAUUCACCUGUGCAUCUUUGCUGUCAGUCAAAUUUCGAAGGACGCCGAGAUCACUAUUGCAUUUGACUUCGAAUUCAACAGCUGUAAUUAUAAAGUGGACUGCGCCUGCCACAAGGGCAACCAGAACUGCCCGGUGCAGAAGCACAACCUGAGCCCCCCGGAGAGCGCCCUGCCCCCCCGCGCCCUGCCGCCCCCCUCCCCGGUAGUCGGGGCCGAGACCCGGCGGAGGAAAGCUCGGCGGAAAGAGCUGGAGGUGGGACUGGCCGGCGAGGGCGGCCAGAGCCUGGAGCAGCCGCUAGAGGCCAAAGACGUGCCGGGAACCAGCGACACAGAGGAGAAACCGCUGGAGUCACUUCCUGUCCCGGAGGCAGAAGAAGGCGAAGUGGAUGAAAAUGGGGUCGCUUUGUCUGGUAAAAAGACCUUCAACAGCCUGGAAAAGAGGAGGAGGAAAGUUGGGGGAGCAGAAGUUAAGGAGGAGGGUGCAGAGACUGAAGACGGGGUGAAGAACGUGGCAGCAGGGAGCACCCCGGCGACGGCCGCCACCGGCGUGGGCAUCACCACGCGACGCACCACCUACGUCGUGGAGCCCCCCCCGCCUGUGGUGGAAGAAAAGGUGGCGCUACCCCCCAGCCUGCCCGCACCGGUCGCUCCCCCGAAACCCCCCAGACCCACCAAGCCGCGGCCCAAGAGUCGGAUAUCCCGCUACCGCUCGAGCUCGUCGCAGCGCGCCCGGCGCCAGCGGCAGGCCUUCGCCCAGCAGGCGGCGGCGGCAGCAGCCGCGGCCGCAGCCCUGGCGGCCGCUCAGACCCCGGCCGAUCAGGGGGCUGCGGUGAGCGAGGAGGGACCGCAGGGCGUUAGCAGCGCUGAGCAGGGACACGCAGACUGCACGGUGGGAGGACAGCUCCAAGAUGGAGACUGUCAAAGCCUGAACAGCAUCAACAGAGGCAACCUGCGGUACCCCAAGACCAAGAAGUACCUCGUGACGGAGUGGUUGAACGACAAGAUCCCUGGAGGCGAAAAAUUCCACCAAGACAUCCCCGUAGAGCGCCCACUGCGAAUAACUACUGACCCCACAGUGCUGGCGACGACCCUCAACAUGCUCCCCGGCCUCUGUCACUCCUCACUCAUCUGCACAGCCCCCCGACACUACAUCCGCUUCAGGUCCCCCUUCAACCCCGAGAGGCGCCGCCCCCGUCCGCUCCAGAUAGACGGCAUCUACGGCUGCUACAAAAAGAGAUGGAUCAAGCAGGUGGAGGACGAGAGCUGCUCGGCCAGUCUGGAGGACGGGUCGGAGUCCACGUCCUCCCAGCAGAGCACCAGUAGCAGGUCCACCCCCAACCCACUCUGCGGCGAAGGCAAUGCACCGUUUAAAAAGCGGCACCACAAGUACAUGACAGAAACGGCCCCAGCCCCUUCGGACCCCCUGCUCCGGCCGCUGUCGCCCAUCACCCCGCCGCUCCCCGACGACUCCCUCCACCCCCUGCUCCCGCCCUGCUCCCUGCUCCCCAACGGGGCCUACUCGCCCAUGCCCUCCCUGCCCACCAGCCGCUGCAACACGCCCCUACAGUUCGAGAAUAUAUCAUCCCCCGAAGCGUCUCCUGUACACCGGCCAGAAUCCAUCUCUCCAGAACUCUGCGUUCAGGGGGACUUUGAUUCAUCCAGACCUCAGUUCCCGGACCUCUCGCUCCCCACCAGCCUGGAAAACACCGUGGCUCUGGCGGCGGACGACUUUGUGGUUUCUACGUGUCAAGAUUCCCAAGCCCCGUCGUUCGUGGGGACCAGCUCCCUAAACCUCGUGUCGUGUCCUCCCUCCGACUCCCAAAUCAGGGAGCAGGCCUUCAGGACAGAGUUCAACCUCAUAUACACCUGCUCCCCCCUCAACGCCAACCUGGGCACCCCCCUGAGCAGCGAGCGCCGGCCCUCCCAGGUGGACGGAGGCUUCUCCCCCGCAGACUCGUUACACAGCUCCAUGAGCGGCCAGGGCCUGGUGGGGGACAUGGGCUCCGGCUCCAUGUCGCCUUACGGGGAGCCUCAUUACGGGGCCGGCUACUCGGACAGUAGCACCCCCCCCCACAUUAGUAACCCCCCGCAGAAGAAGAAGAAGGCCAACCAGCAUACCAUUAGUCUGCUGACAGGAAAGGCAGAUUACCAGCCUUUGGCUGUAAGAAGUGAAAACAAGCCAGUACAUAUGGUUUCCCUGCUGGAGUACCGGAAGAGGAAGCAGGGCAGCAGCCGGGACUCGGAGUCCACCAGCAGCAGCUCCUCCCUGGACGCCUUCCACUACAGAAAGGACUCCCAUCAUCAUCCUCAUUCCCAUCCGCGGAUGCAGCCCUCCCCAAAUACCUCCUUCUACUCCUCCACUCACGCGCCCCCGCAGCCGGAGGAAGUCAGUCAGCCAGACGUCCAGGGGCCGCCGGCCAAGCCCAAGCGGCCGGACAACAACCAGUGGAUGGUCCCUACGUCGGUGGAGCGGCUGCGGGAGGGCCAGGGCGUCCUGGAGCGGGUGCUGCGGCAGAGGAAGAUGGAUCCUUUCUACAAACGAAGUGACGGCUCCGCAGAGAGAGAAACCGAUGCAGAGCGGUUUGAGGUGCAAGCAGCGCCCGUGGCUCCUUCCACCAAGAGCCCGCACAGAUACAGCUCCCCCAUCUACCCCCACCAGUCAACAGAAACCCAGCGGCAGACGGAGAGCCCGUUAAUCCUUCAGCAAGCCUCCAACUCUCCAUUCCGGGGUUCCUACAGUCCCUCUUCUUCAGGUCCCAGCUUCUACCCGCGCCUCCCCUCCCACCCAGGACUGUCCCAGGACUUCCCCCCGGUCUACUCCAGCCCCACGGCCUGCACAGACUCGGGGCCCAGCCUUCACCAGCAGACCGUGGACGGAGGCCACAGCUACGGCAGCAGCCGCUUGAAAGCCAGCCUUACAAACAGCGGCGUGGGCAUAGCAGCGGCGGGGGCCCCCACCCCGGGACCCAAGGGCCCGGGCCAGCAACUAGACUCAGGUGGCCCGGCGGCCCGAGCCGGCCACCAGCAGGCCCGCAGCCUGAGAGCCGGCAGCCCGGGCCAGGGGCUGCAGGGGGGGCUCCAGGGGGGGCUGCAGGGGGGGCUCCAGGGGGGCUCCAGGCCCCCGCCGGCCCCCGGGGCAGCACACUACCCAGAGCGGGGGGCCAGCCUCGGCCAGUUUCAGCACUCCCCCCUGCAGGGACCCGGAGUACGGACACAGUCAGGAAGCUUUUAGGACUUUGUUCACCUGUAAGUGUGUAUGUGUGUAAGUGUGUGUGAGUGUGUGAAAGAGAGAGAGAGAGAGAGAGAAGCACCGCACCUCCACAACUCCUGAAGUGGCAGCGGGCGAUCGGGAGAUCUGGGAGGAGCAAAUGUACAGACCUAAGAGGAGCAAGAACUUCUUCAUGGAUUCCUCCUUUUCUUAUUUUCAGUUUCUUCUUUCUUUUAUUUUCAGAAAAACAAAAAAAAAAACUAAAUUUCGACAUCGUGCACAUAGAUUGAUCACUGACAUCAAUGCAGAAUCAGUGGGAAAAAUAUCUACAACUUGGACCAUACCCGUAUGUCUGGAGGAAAAAACUAGGUAGAAAAAAAACGCAAGUAAUCACCUGUAAUUUGAAAUUGUUCCCUGUAUUUCCUCCGGUCCAGCGAGCCAGUCGGCUGGAGACCCAGAUCAGUCCUAAAGUCCCGUUGUCAUGGAUCCCGGUUCCUUAAACAUGUAACUGAAAGCAAGACCUGCUUUAUUUUAUCAUUGUUUUAUUUUUGUUUGUUAUUUUUUUUUUUUUAUUUUAUGAGGGAGUUGGUCCUACGGUAAAUAAGAGUCUAGGAGGGAAAUGAUGCACGUAAAUCAUCCGUUCGGGGAGGAGUGGCAUCUCCCCAGAGUUAAAUCAUUCCACACGCUCACCAGCUUCCAUGUUUUUACCGUUAACACGAAAACAGUUGUUUUGAUGUCCAUGCUGUGGUUUUUCUGUUCCCCCCCCCUCCCCCCACUGGACUGUUUGGAUCUCAUGUUAGGCCUCCGCUGUAAAGUUCUGAUUCUUGGUUCAUACAGGUCUUAUGAUUCAUGGUGCUGCAUACUUUUGUUCCAAUAAAUCUGAAAUCCAUUUAUGUUACGGCACGUCUGCGUUCAUCUCGUCUGUAUCCGCUGAAAUCGGUGGCAAAACGGAGGCAGGGACGGGGGACUCGGACGUGUUUGAUAUUACUGUUUUUACCUUUCAAAUACCUGUAUUGUUUUUUUUUCUCUGACCAGUCUUUGCAUUCCACGACUCGGAGGAAACACUGGGGGAGAUUUCUGAGGGAGCAUCUCGAUUGUUAACCGUAGGUGGAAAACGCUGCUACGCUCUCCUGUGGGAGCCGCCUCUCUUUCCAGUGUGUGCUGUUUUUAUCUUCCUUCUCAAACCCUCACAAACGGACUUGGACGGUUCUGCCGCGGACCGCGCGCGGGGGGGGGACGGGUUUCAGACCCCCAACCCUGUCCCGACUUCCCCCCGACUCCCUCCCCACCAACACGCCACAGAGGCUCCAUAUCACAUGAAUGUUUGACAGAUUAAAAGUAAAAGUUGUGACCCAAAAUUAACCAGCACCUUAAAAACGAGAAGACAUACAACAUAAAGACACAUUAGGACUAUAUGUAUGAUUAUGUGUAUCUGUAUAGAAAGAAUGUGAUAGACUUGUACGGAGAAUAUAUAGUACACUGAAUUUAUCGCAUGGUAUUCGUAGGGUCUGAGUGACCAGUUUUUGUGAGAUGGUUUGAAGAGUCUGUUCCUGGGUUCCUUCAAAAACCGCACACAUCCUUUCUGUUGUUUUUGUAAGGACCAUUCUGUUGCUUUCGUUCAUUUCCUUCUCUUUUUUUUUUCCACAGAUCAUAGUAGUAACUAUUUCAAUUGUUCUCUAAGAGAUUUAAGAAGCAAGAGAUGUAAUGCAUUUUGAUAAUAAAAUAAUCAUGAUGGUAAUGUAUUUUGAAAAC